AUGCAAGACAACAAACAGACGACACAAGAACCUGUUCAAAACGGUGAACUGCCACUUGAUGAUAUGUCUAAAUUAGAAGACACAAAGCCAAAAGAUGAUAAGCCACAAGAGACCGGUUCGGUAUCCAUUAUUAAGCUCUUUAAGUACUCAAAUUGGGUCGACUAUAUUUUGCUUUUUGUUGGGAUUUUUGGUGGUUUAGCUGUUGGUAUUCUUAACCCUCUAAUUAUCAUGAUUAUGGGUGAUGUAUUUGACACAUUCAAUGUGUCUAGCGACAGUAGUCUGGACUUGAGUAAUAUGCCUUUGGAACAGCAAAACAUUUUGAAUCACGUAAUUUUUGACUCUGUUACAUCAUCAGUUAACACUUUAAUUCUUCGGAUGCUAUACAUCACGCUUGGAAGUACUUUUGGUAAGUUUUUGUACCGCUUCUGCUUUUUUAUCCUUUCAGAAAGAAUUGGCUUGAAGAUCAGGAAGUUGUAUUUCUCAUCAUUACUGCGUCAAGACUCCACAUUUUAUGAUUCACAAGAAACUGGCACAUUAACAUCCCACAUUUCAAUUGAUGUUCAAAAUAUUCAAAAAGGCAUUUCUCAGAAUUUUGGAUUAUUAUUUGAAGCCAUAGCCUCGCCGAUAACAGGCUACGUAAUUGGAUUUGUCAAGUGUUGGGAUCUUUCUCUUGUUAUUCUGUCAAUAGCUCCUUUUAUGAUAUUGGGUACCAUAUUUAUGGGGUCAUCCACAAAAGUUACAAGGUCGAAAGGAGAUGUCUAUGAUUCCAAAGCGGGUGCAAUAGCCGAAGAGACAUUAGGAAGUAUUCGAACAGUCCAAUCGUUUAAUCAAGAAAAGGCAUUUUCUGAAAUUUAUUCUCAAAAUGUAAAGAGUGCACAAAAGUGGUUUGUCAUUGGUGGGCAUUUUCUUGGGAUUGGAAUGGGGUUUGUGAUGUUCACCAUUUUCUGCUCGAUAACACUUGGGCUGUUCUAUGGGACAGUUGUUCUUCGAGGGGAUGGUGGAAUGAAAAACGUGACAGCUGGAGCAAUAUUGGUUGUCUUUAUGUCGAAUGUCAUAUCCACAAUGUCUCUCUCGAAAAUCUCAAUGCCAGCAUCUGCACUUGCCAUUUCACAAGCCUCUGCAUAUAAAAUAUAUCAAAUCAUUGACAGAAUACCUGAUAUAGACGCAACCAACACUGAAGGGUUGAAACCAA